AUGCUUGCUAACGAAUCAGAAUUUCGUGUUAAAGUAGCUGUUCGUGUUCGACCAUUUUUACAACGAGAAAAAUCACAUGAACAAAAAAGUUGUAUUGCAAUUCAUCCACAAACUAAUCAAAUUGUAUUAGGCGAUAGACGAACAUUUAAAUAUGAUUUUGUCUUCGGACCUAAAACUCUACAGGAAGAAUUAUAUCGAACUAGUGUUGAACCAAUGCUUAAUAAUGUUUUUGAUGGAUAUAAUGUUACAAUUUUUGCUUAUGGAAAAACAUAUACAAUGACAGGUGGAAAUAUUUUAUCAAUUGGAGAAAAAGAUUAUGGAAUUGUUCCACGAGCUGUUAAAACAAUAUUUGAUACUGUUCAAAAUCGACAUGAUUGUCGAAUAACAAUAUCAGCAUCUUAUUUAGAAAUCUAUAAAGAUGAUAUUAUUGAUUUACUUGAUGUUAAUGAUAAAGAUUUAGAUGUUCGAGAUGAUGCAGCUGGAAAUACAGUUGUUAUUGGAGCAAGUGAACAUACAUGUCAUUCAAUUGAUGAUGUUGUUAGUUUAUUAAAAAAAGGUUCCAAUGUUAGACAUACUGGUGCAACACAAAUGAAUGAUGAAUCAUCUAGAUCACAUGCUAUUUUUACUUUAUAUAUUGAACAACGUCUUCAUGAUAAAAAUUCUCAUGCAAAUACUGUACAAGCUUCAUUUGAUGGUCUUGUUAAACCAUUAGAAUCAACGUUUGACGAAAGUUAUCUUUCUGCUAAACUUCAUUUUGUUGAUUUGGCUGGAUCAGAACGUGUUGCACGUACACAAAAUACAGGUGAACGUUUUCAAGAAUCAAUACGUAUUAAUUCAGGUUUAUUGGCUCUGGGAAAUGUUGUCAGCGCUUUAUCUGAUCCAAAAAAACGUACCGGUGGUCAUAUACCUUAUCGUGAUUCAAAAAUUACUCGUUUACUCAAAGAUUCACUUGGUGGAAAUGCUAAAACAUUAAUGAUUACAUGUGUUAGUCCAUGUACGGCUGAUCUUGAUGAAUCUCUUAAUGCACUUAAAUAUGCACAUCGAGCAAGUCAAAUUCGAAAUAAACCUAUAAAAAAUGUCGAUCCAAAUGCUCAACGUUUUAUUGAAAUGCAAAGUGAAAUUACCCAUUUACGAGAAGAAUUAGAACGACAACGAACAAUUAUAUCACGUGAUGGACAAUCUAGUAAUAGUCGACGAUCAGCUGGAUUCAAUAGUAUUGAUAAUUCACGUCGUUUAAUUCAAACAGCAUAUGUUUGUUUUCAACAAUUAAAUGAAUGUGAAGAUUUAAAUGAUGAACAAAAACAAUGGAUACAAACAUGGAUGGAUGCUGUAUCAAAUGAAAAUACAGAAGAUUUAUGCAAUGAUAUACUUACAUCUCGAGUAACGAAUUUAGAAAAUGCUUUACAUUCGGCAAAAGAUGAAUUAAGAUCAGAAACACAAAUGCGUGCUAAACGUGAAAUGAUACUUGAUCGUUUACAAGAACAACUUAAAGCUAAAGUAAUAAAUAAAUAUCUAUAA